AAAAAAAAACUAUCAAAAACGUUACCUAUAGAAGAACGAAGAAGAAUAUGGCGCGAAGAAAAGAGGAAAUAUAAAAACAAAUCUUUGCAAGUUGAAACAAUUGAAAUUAAAGAAGAAAUUGAUGAAAGCGAUCAAGAGGAACCCGGGCCGAGUGAGACGUCUGGUAUUUGGGGUUCAUUCGAAAAGCAAUCCAACAACACAGCGAGCACCAAUCACAGACUAAAUAAGAACGAAGAGCACCACUCCGAUGUCGAUGAACAAAACUGCUACACUGAAGUCGUAUACUUGGAAGACGAAGAACAAACGUCGAAGAAAAUGGAACCGAUACUCGAAGUUCCCAAGCCACGAACAGAACCGAAAGAAACCCGAAUAUCGUACGAGUCAAUGGAAACAGAGACCGAGGAAAUCGAAAAUUUUAGCAAAUACGUUACGACUUUGUUAAAAAAAUUACCGAAAGAUUUGUGUACGCAGUUACAAAUGGAUAUAAUUAAUUUGAUUAUGACAGCGAAGUUGAACAAAAUGGCGAAACAGUUGGCGCCAAAUUUGACAGCUGCCAAUGUCGGAAACGCGUCGUACAUACUGACGUUACCCAACGUUCCGGUUGGGAACUCAAGCGAGGGUAUAAAAUCGUUCAAUAGAGACCCGGGUCUCCCAACGUUAUAACGUAAACUUUAGCUUAGUAUUAUAUUAUUACAGAACUA